AUGCGGUGCAGAACUUUCGCAUCGGCAUUUGUGCCGCUGCUUUUGCACCUGGGAGCUCUUGCUGAUGCGUCUUCCCCGACUGAUCGGAUCGCCAAAUGCAUGAAAAGAUAUACCGGAGCUGGAACCUCGGCGAACUUCAGCAGCAAUGUGUACCGCACGGACUUCCCUGGUGUUACCUGGGAUGAGGAUAACUGGCUUCUUUCGACCACUACCUUGGAGCAAGGCCGCUACGAGUCACGAGGCUCUGUCGCAAAUGGAUACAUUGGUAUCAAUGUUGCUAGUGUCGGCCCUUUUUUUGAACUCGAUACUCCAGAGGACGGUGACGUGAUCAACGGAUGGCCUCUUUUCUCUAGACGCCAAUCCUUUGCGACAGUCAGUGGAUUUUUCGACUCCCAGCCUAGCACAAACGGGACCAACUUCCCUUGGCUGUCUCAGUAUGGAGGCGACAGUGUCAUAAGCGGUGUUCCGCACUGGAGUGGACUGAUUUUGGACCUCGGCGACGAUGAUUAUCUGGAUGCGACAGUGGACAAUAAAACUCUCUCCAAUUUCCGGUCGACAUAUGACUUCAAGGCAGGGGUCUUGGUCUGGUCCUACCAAUGGACACCCAAGGGCAACAAGGGAUCUUAUAAGAUCAUAUAUCGCCUGUUCGCCAACAAGCUGCAUAUCAACCAGGCUGUCGUGGACAUGGAGAUUGUCUCGUCCAAAGAGUCUCAAGGAUCCAUUGUCAAUGUUAUCGAUGGGUUCUCCGCAGUACGAACAGACUUUGUAGAGUCUGACGGGGACGACGGCGCGAUCUUCUCGGCUGUGCGCCCGAAUGGGAUCUCCAAUGUCACAGCCUAUGUCUACGCUAACAUCUCUGGAUCCCCAGGAGUGGACCUUUCCUCUCGUCAGAUUGUUUCCGACAAGCGCUAUGUCCACGACAAUGAAUCAUCAAUUGCACAGGCCUUACCGGUGAAAUUCGCUGCUGGAAAGACGGUGCACCUCACGAAAUAUGUCGGACUGGCGUCCUCUGAUGCCUUUAAGGAUCCCAAGCAAACAGCUAAGAAGGCUGCAUCUAUGGCGCUUGCCAGAGGUUAUAGUGCAUCUCUCCGAUCGCACAUUGCCGAGUGGGCCAAUGUGAUGCCCGAUGACUCUGUGGAUCAUUACACCCUUCCCGAGAACAAGACAUUGCCUGCCGAUAACUACAUCAUUGAAUCUGCCAUCAUCGCAGUGACCAACACAUACUACUUGCUACAGAAUACCGUGGGCAAGAAUGCUGCCAAAGCAGUUUCGAGGGCCCCAGUCAAUGUCGACAGCAUCUCCGUCGGGGGAUUGACGUCCGAUUCGUAUGGAGGACAAGUUUUCUGGGACGCCGAUGUCUGGAUGCAACCUGGCCUUGCAGCCUCUCAUCCGGAGGCUGCCCAGCGGUUUACAAAUUACCGCCUGGCCAAGUAUGGACAGGCACAAGAAAACAUCAAAACUGCGUUUACUGGAUCCCGGAACAAAACAUAUUUCUCCCCGUCGGCAGCUGCAUACCCUUGGACGAGUGGUCGUUUUGGCAACUGUACGGCCACCGGGCCGUGCUGGGAUUAUGAGUACCAUCUGAACGGAGACAUUGGGCUUUCAAUGAUCAACCAAUGGGUCGCCAGCGGUGACACACAGUUUUUCAAGGAACAUCUAUUCCCAGUCUAUGAUUCGAUGGCCACCCUUUAUGCAAACCUGCUGGUUCAGAACGGCUCUUCCUGGACACUCACGAACAUGACUGACCCUGAUGAAUAUGCUAAUCAUGUCGAUGCGGGUGGCUUUACCAUGCCGCUCAUUGCUGAGACUCUUGUGAAUGCCAACGCUUUCCGCCAGCAAUUCGGGCUCGAGGAAAACAAGACCUGGAACCAGAUGGCCUCAGAAGUCUUGUUCCUUCGCGAGAAUGGGAUAACCCUCGAGUUCACUACGAUGAACGGAAGUACGGUGGUGAAGCAGGCUGACGUCGUCCUGGCCACCUAUCCUCUGGACUAUACUUCGAACUAUAGUACUCAGGAUUCCUUGAAUGAUUUGGACUUUUAUGCGAACAAGCAGUCCGCUGAUGGUCCUGCGAUGACCUGGGCAAUCUUUUCGAUUGUUGCGAAUGAGGUGUCGCCAUCUGGGUGCUCGGCCUACACCUACGCCCAGUACUCGUACAAGCCGUAUGCGCGCGCACCUUUCUUCCAGCUGUCAGAGCAAAUGGUGGAUGACCCCAACACGAAUGGUGGCACUCACCCGGCAUACCCUUUCCUUACUGGCCACGGCGGCGCUGACCAGGUUGUCCUGUUUGGCUACCUUGGGCUGCGUCUGCUGGCCGAUGACUUCCUCCAUGUCGAUCCCAACCUGCCUCCGCAGAUCCCGUAUUUGAAGUACCGCACUUUCUACUGGCGCGGCUGGCCUAUUUCGGCCUGGGCGAACUACACACACACCACCAUCAGCCAUGAUGCGAACACACCACCUCUUGAUACUGCGGAUAAACGGUUCGCCAACAAAACGAUCACGAUUAAAUCCGGACCAGACAACAAUACGACGACCUACCGUCUCUCAUUGUCAGGCUCUGUCGUUGUUCCAAACCGGCAGAUCGGCUCCCAGAACACCGUGGCCGGCAAUCUUGUGCAAUGCCAGCCCAUCAAGUCAUCCAACAAUUACGAGCCAGGACAGUUCCCCAUCUCGGCGAUCGACGGCGCUACAUCGACCAAAUGGCAGCCCUCUGCUGCAGCGAAUAUGAGCUCCAUCACCGUCUCAUUUGCCGAAGAGGAGGCGGGUGCGCUGGUAUCGGGAUUUCACUUUGACUGGGCUCAAGCACCACCGGUCAAUGCCACAGUGAUCUUCCACAACAAGACGCUCUCAAACCCAGCCACCGCCUAUUCGGCGUCCAAGAGCAGCUCCGACUACACAGUGGUCACAUCCUUGACGAACAUAAAGCAAUCCCAACCCUACCACGCCGAUAGCACCAACCUCGACGCUAUUGCCAUUCCCGUCGGCAACACGACCAAUGUGACCCUGCCGCAUCCCGUCAUCGCCGCUAGAUUCGCAUCCCUGUUGAUCGUGGGUAACCAGGCCCUCGGUCCUGUGGAUGUGCAAGCCAAGAACGGGACCGGUGCUACCGUAGCCGAGUGGGCGGUUAUCGGCCAUGACAAAAAGACCAAGAGGUCGCCGUCGGGAUCCGCCAGCGCGAAGAGGAAGAUGAAUGUGCGCGCGGCGGCCGCUGUGUCGGGCAAGGAUUUUGUGAAGCAGCGGCGCCGCUUUUUGCCGAACUGA